AUAUCAUCAGUACAGCAGUAAUAUCACCGAACAGCCCGCAACAACCGACUAACCGAACCAACUAACCGAGCCCAGUCGCUGCUAAAUGGAGUAAACGCUGACGCUUCACAGCGUGAUUCCACUGAAUGUAACUCCACAUUCUCCAUCCUCAAACCACGGAGAAGCCGUCGCUGUUUAUUCUGACCUAGCUGCACAUAACGGUGAAGAAUGGAGCCAUCAGAGCAGUCCGGCUUAGACGCAGGCUCUCAGGAAGUCAACCCAGUGUAUCUACAGCAGCUUCGGGAGCUGGACAUCCCAGAAGAGGCAGCCAAACAGGCUCUCCUGCAUACCCGGAACGUGUCUGCAGAAGAGGCGGCCAUGUACUACUUCAACAAGCUGGAGAAUGAGGAGGAGGGAGAUGAUGACCUCAUGUUCAAGAUGGUGUUUGUGGUCAACAUGGACCUUGCCAUGGGCAUUGGGAAGGUUGCAGCCCAGGUCGGCCACGCUGCUGUCGGUUUGUACCAAGUUCUGCAGGAGAAGAACAGCUGGAGGGAAAUGGCCUGGAAGUGGGACCAUAGUGGAGCCAAGAAGGUGGUGGUCCAAGGUACCAACGUGGCCCACCUACUUGAGCUGCAGGCCCUGGCGAUGAGCCUCAGCCUGCCCACUUACCUGGUCCAAGAUGCGGGGCUUACCCAGGUGGAGGCUGGGUCCCGCACUGUCCUGGCCAUCAUCGGUGAGGAGGAGAUGGUGAACAAUGUCACUGGGAGCCUGAAGCUACUCUGAGAGGUUCGAUGCUACAGUGGGGACGCAUGUCUCUGCAGUGCCACAAAGUAGCCAACAGAGGACAGAAUUUUCCAGCAACGGGGGGAGCGUCUUGGCAUACGCAAGAGUUUAGCAACCAUUAAAAAAGGGCGAGGCAAAACAAGACAUACCCCAGCACCAGAAAACAAACAUAUGUUUCACUUUCAUUCUUUGAGCUGCUAAGUCAGCCUCUGAGAGGGAGAGAGUCUGUUUUUUCUUAAAGGAAGUUGAAGACAGUUCUUUUUUUUUUUUUCUUUUUUUUUUACUUUCUCUUUUCUUAAUUUCUUAACAGUCUGCCCACUUACAGUCUUAUUAUAAUAUUGUACAUUUCUCACAUAUGUAGUCUAAAUUCUGGUUUCAGAUAUAGCAAAGACAAAUACAUUUGUUGGUUAACUAGUGUUACAGUACUCAGGGCCCAUGUACUGUACACUGCUGGAAUUGUAAUGAAACCCAUAGCUGAUGUAAUAUUUACCAGUUGUAUUCAUAAUGCCCAAGUGAAGGCAACGCAAAUUACUGACAACAUAAACCCUCAUUUUCAACAAGUCAAUGAUUUGAUGUGGACAUGCAACUAUUCUCCCCAAGAAUCCUCUCCUGUAGACUCGAUCACAUUACUUGUAAUUGUUAAUGGCUAUAUAUAUUUUAUAUACAUCUGUCAAACUCAUUUACUGUAUGUGUGGUGUGCACAUUAACUGGAUUUUGUUGUGUUUUUUGUUUGUUUUUACCCCCUUUGUGCAAAAAUCCUGAAUUAUAAUUUCUAUUGGUAGAAUUUGAUGGUGGAAUGUUAAAAUGUCAUGUAGUCUGAGCUGGGCCUAACUUUAUGCACUCUGGCUGUCUGUGGUGGGUAAGUUAAAAUAACAAUUUUGCUAGAUAUAAUGCAAAUCAUUGUGUGUAUUACAGCUGUUACAGACUUGGUGAAUAUAGUCUUGCACACUUAUAAUCUGAAUACACUAAGAAUGCCUGA